GUCCUCUAUCAGAAUUCACAAUGACUAUUAAUAAUCUACAGAACGGGAAGAAUUUCACAGUACAGAUGUCCUGUCUGGCUAAAAUGGAAAGAUUGAUUGUGGCUAUGCAAGAUCCAGAUAUUGGAAUUAAACUGAGGAACCAGCGGUUGCUGAUUACAGUUAUUCCUCAUGCAAUGACAGGGAAUGACAUAAUUGAAUGGCUGAUUCAGAAGUUAUCCAUUUCUGAAGAAGAAUCUGUGCACCUAGGCAAUUUCCUUGUUAAAUAUGGUUACAUCUAUCCAUUGAAAGAGCCAAGGAAUCUUGUGCUUCGAGCAGAUGAUUCCCCUUACAGAUUUCAGACACCGUAUUUUUGGACCACAAAUAAAUGGCCGGCAUCAGAGCUGGACUAUGCAAUUUAUCUGGCAAAGAAAAUUAUUAGAAAACAAGGAGAUUUGGUUGACCAUGAAAAGGAUAAUUAUAAUCAGCUUCACAAACGGAUUAAUCAUACCUGGGACUUUGUGGUGAUGCAAGCAAGGGAACAAAUAAGGGCAGCUAAGCAAAGAAGAAAAGGUGACCGGAUUGUUAUAGAAUGCCAAGAACAAGCCUACUGGUUGGUCAGCAAACCGUCGCCUGGCUGUUUAAAUGUUAUGGACCAUGGACCAGAACGGGGGCACUGUUAUACAGGAAGAAUCCAUCAUGUGAAGAACAUUGAUUUUUACAAAAGGGAGCUGGAUUUUUUGAAAAAAGCAAUGGGAAGAACACGAGUUAAGUCAUCAAUUUGCCUGGAAGGGUUUCUUAAAUUUAGUGAGCAGUAUCUCCCUCAUGAUCCAGUUAUGUCUGGGUGCCUGCCGAGCAAUCCAUGGAUCACAGAUGAUGCCACAUAUUGGACAAUGAAUUCGGCAAUGGUGCCAAUGCCAAGCAAACUUAGGAUAGAACGCUGGACAUUUAAUUUCACUGAGCUGCUUAACGACCAACGUGGAAGGAAAGAAUUUCUACAGUUUUUAGAGAAGGAGUUUAGUGCUGAGAACCUCUGUUUUUGGGAGGCAUGUGAGGAAUUACGUUAUGGAGAGCACUCAAAAGUGACAGCGACAGUAGAAUCUGUGUAUCAGCAGUUUUUGGCACCUGGGGCGUCACGUUGGGUAAACAUUGAUAGUAAGACAAUGGAGAAGACUUUACAAGGUAUUAAGAAUCCCCAUCGCUAUGUCUUAGAUGAUGCCCAAAUGCACAUCUACAUGUUAAUGAAAAAGGAUUCCUAUCCGAGAUAUUUAAAAUCCGAUAUGUAUAAGAAUCUACUUGGACAAGCGUUUUUUCCUCCAGAAACCAAGAAAAGUGUAUUUCCAUUUAUGAGAAGACAACGGCAUUCAAGUCCCAGCCCAGCUUUUUUCUUCCCUCAAGGAGAGCAGGAAACAAAGAUAGAUGGAGAUACCAAAACUACCCCAACUACUGUUCUAGAGGAAUGAAUAACUUUGGAUUCCAAAAGAUAUGCAAAGCAUCAGAUUUUCAGUCCAAAAGAAAGCCUAAAAAUAAAUAAACACAAAAAACAAGGAACCAAAAGAGUGCCGUUAUUUAGGAAAAUAUAUAAUUUAUAAGAUGAACACAUCAUUUCAGAUACAAUUCUAAGUUUGUUGUUUAUUGUACUAUCAAUAUUUUAUGUCAUGGUUAUACUAAAACCAUUUUUUUUAACAUAACCAGGGUGGAUUUGAUUUAAAUAACUAGUCAGUAAAACUUGAUUUAAAUUACGGUUUUCUACAUAAAGACUCUUUUUGCUGGUUGUUAUAUUCUUAAUAUUUACAACCAAAUGAAGGUUUCAUUAAAUUACUUUUUACAUUAGUUUUACAGUUAUAUCAGAAAACUACUGAUUUGGUUAGAUACCAUUAGAAAUAAAUAGAUAAUUAUGAAAUUAUUGCAAGGUGAACAAUCUCCAAAAGAUUUUGAGUGGCGCGUUAAUAGUUACGCGUGAAAAAAAAUGGGUUUAUCACGGCUGUUUGCGCGCGUCAUAUAUAGUGCUCGUAAACAACAAUGUGUUACAAGCCAAUGCUUAUAUAGUGAAAUACCAUUUGUGUUCACAUAUAGUAAGAGAAUAAAUGAAGUGUAAUUUCAUUGUUGUUUAUUAUUGUAUAUUUCACUGUUAUGAUGAUAUCCAAGGAUACUACUAAUUAUGUCACUUCCUGUUGCCGGGGUUAUAUGCUAUUUAAACACAUUGUUUUGUUCACUUCGUUUGGUCUGAGGAAGGGGACAGUUGACUCCCUGAAACGUCACUUUAUGCAAUAAAUCAUUGUUUGUUGAAAGUCCAA